GUGUGCGUCUCCCGCCGUGCCGCGCAGGCGCAGGCCGUAUAAAAUGAGCUGACCCAGAUCGAGCCCAGCCUCCAUUGCAUCAAGCUUUGAUUACUUCCAUCCAUCGAUCCAAGAAAAACCACCUGCUAAUCACCUGAAAAACCAAACCACCAUUCACAAGCCGCCGGCUGAAGUCCUGAACUCUGAAGCCACCACCAACCGAGAUCCAUCAAAUCCAUGGGGAACUCAUAUAGCGGCGGCGGCUCGGCGUCGUCGUCGGCGGCGCUGGAGGUGCCGCUGCACCUGUGCUUCUUCCUGCUGGUGCUGCUCCUCUUCCUGGGCUUCUCGUGGUACACGAGCUACGAGUCGGCCGCGGAGUCGUUCGCGUCCCAGGCGCGCAUCGUGCUCAUGGCGUCGCCGUUCGCGCUGCUGCUCGCCGUGCGGCUGCUGUCCGGCGUCUCCGGCGAGGGCGUGGGCGACCUGCUGGCGGUGCCGAUGCCCGAGCGGGACUCCAUCCACCGCGCCGGCGGCUCGCCGUGGGGCGUCGCCCUCCUGCUCCUGCUGCUCCUCGUCAUGGUCUCCUACCAGUCCAACUUCCGGGAGAAAUGGUUCCCGCUCGUGUAGCUCCGGGAUCCGUCUCCGUCCAUGUAAACAAAAACAAAUGCUUGCAGACGAUUGUCGCGGUGAUCUAGAUGCUUUUACGUCUUCGUUUCCUGUAAGUGUGAUGAGUUAUCGGCGUUAUGCAAUCUCCAAUUGUCAA